AUGAGCAGUCAACUUUUUUCAGAAAAUUUUGGCGUACUGUGGGUGAAUUCACCACCAGAAAACUUAUCUCAAAAAUUAACAAAACGUUUGUGGAAUGAAGGUGUGUUUCGCGCGUGUACUGAUGGUGCUGCAAAUUUUAUUAUGCCUCUAGUUCAAAACGAGCAUUACUUGACUCCGAAUUUAAUUUCGGGGGAUUUUGAUUCUAUCACUACGAAGGCAAGAAAUUUUUUUGACUCGCAAGCUGAGUUUGUAGAGACAUCUGAUCCAGAUUAUACGGAUAUGACGAAGUCGCUAAAAAUUAUUGCAGGGCGAAUUAAUAACAAAAAGCUGGAUAUGUCAAAACUGAUUAUUUUGGGUGGUUUGUGUGGUCGUUUUGAUCAUGUUCUCUCAUCUCUACAUUCCUUACUACAAUUCAGCGCCUGCGAUGCCAUGAUUAUUGACGGUUACAACCUACUUACCAUCCUACCGAAGGGAUCUACUCACUUGAAUUUGACAGGAAGAAAUGCGUUCUCUACUGGGAUGUGUGGUGUAAUUCCCUUUGUUCAAGAAAAAACCAUGGCCUCAACUGUAGGUCUUAAAUGGAAUCUACACAACACGGAGCUUGCUUUUGGUAAACUUAUUAGUUCAUCAAAUGAAGUUGUAUGUGACAGAAUAACUAUAACUACAACGGCUCCAGUAGUCUUUACAGCAGAAUUGAAACAAGGCGUGAUGUAA